UUUGACGACAGAGAUUUUUAUCCGAUAUAUUUGUUUCAUUUUCGAUGCUGUAACGAGAAUCUUUAUCAUGAUGUAGAACUUAUAUAAACCACUGAAAGUAGUCGAACCACAACUAUUCCCAACGAUACUCACUAAACUUCACCACUGGGCUGGUUGUUCUUAACGUUUAAAAUGGAAAUUGAUAUGGAGCAAGAAUCAAGUAGAAAUACAAAUGUCCGCGAAUAUGGCUCGAAACGUCUUCGACACGAUGGAAUAGCUUCUCAGAGUCCAAUGCAGUCUCCAUCAUUAGCAAUUGUAAAGUUUUUGGUUAAACAUUGUGGUGCUGAUUUAAAGUGCAAAGAUGAUUGGGGUAAAACUGCUUUACAUCAUGCUGUUCAUGUUGGUGAAACAAACAUUGUCAAAUAUUUUGUUGAACAAUGUGGCGCUGAUGUAAAUGACAAGGAUAACAAAGGGUGGACAGCGCUGAAUUACGCUGUUAUUAAAGGUAGGCUAGAAAUGGUGAAAUAUCUUGUUGAACAUGGCGCUGAUGUAAAUGGCAAGGGUGCAUACGCAUGGACAGUGCUUCACUAUGCUGUUAAUAAAGGUGAGGUAGAAAUGGUGAAAUAUCUUGUUGAACAUGGCGCUGAUGUAAAUGGCAAGGGUACUGACAGUGGGACAGUGCUUCACUACGCUGUUAAUAAUGGUGAGGUAGAAAUAGUGAAAUAUCUUGUUGAACAUGGCGCUGAUGUAAAUGGCAAGGUUGCAUACGGAUGGACAGUGCUGCACGAUGCUGUUACUAAAGGUACCCUAGAAAUAGUGAAAUAUCUUCUUGAACAUGGCGCUGAUGUAAAUGGCAAGGGUACUGACGGUGUGACAGUGCUUCACUAUGCUGUUACUAAAGGCACGCUAGAAAUAGUGAAAUAUCUUGUUGAACAUGGCGCUGAUGUGAAUAGCAAGAAUACUAAAGGGAGGACAGUGCUGAACUAUGCUGUUUUUGCGAGUUGGCUAGAAAUGGUGAAUAACAAAAAUACUAACGGGUGGACAGCGCUGCACGCUGCUGUUACGUUUGAUAGAUUCGAAAUUGUCAAGUAUUUAGUUGAAAAGGGUGCUGACGUGACUCUUCACCCUUACACUCUUGUGAAGAUGGCAGUUGAGAAAAAUUCAGUUGCUUUGGUCAAUCUUCUGUUGGAAAAGAACAUCGCUGUGUGGAGAGCUGGAACAUUUUUUGUUGAAGGAAGACAAAUGAGUCUUCUUGAAUGGAGUAUUCACCUUGGUCGUGAUGAAAUUACAACGAUCCUCAAAAGAUCAGUAAAUCAUCGUGAGAAGAUUCAGAUGUUGAAAAAAAUGAAUUGUAACCAGUUAAAAGAGACUCAAUCACCGAUGCAGGCUUUUGUCGCAAAUAAUCAAUUCAAAAUUGGCGAUGGUGGUUUUUCUUGUGUCUAUGUUGGUCUCAUGAAGGAUGGAAGUGAAGUUGCUGUUAAGAGAAUUUUGGUGCAAAAUGAGGAUGAAACAGUUGAAAACGAAAAGGAAAUCAUGAGUCUCAUUGAAACAAACUCUUCAUUUAUAGUGAAAUAUCGACAUUUACACCGUGACGAUACCUUCAUGUAUCUUAUUGUUGAUCUUUGCGAAGAAACCUUGAAGGAACUUGUUAAAGCAUGCAGUAUUGAACAUCUACAAAGGCAAGGUCCACGAAUGAUUAGGGAAAUUCUAUCCGGACUUGACUUUCUUCAUGGUAAAGGAAUAUUGCACAGAGAUCUAAAACCAUCAAACGUCCUGGUUGAUAUCGAAGGUCGCAUGAAAUUGGCAGACUUUGGGAUAAGCCGCGUUCUAAAUGACGAUGAAACGACAGUUGAAACAGAUGCUAAAGGCACUCACGGAUGGAUGCCACCGGAAGUAAUCGAAGCCAUAAAGAAAAACGAAAAGGGUCGUUUCAAAAGAAAAUCAGAUGUCCAUGUCGCGGGUAUGAUUGCUUUUUACGUGUUAACCAAAGGCGAACAUCCUUUUGGAUCUGCAUUAGAUCGAAUGAAAAAUAUUUUAGAGGAUAAUCCUGUCAAUUUGGAAAAACUUGGUAAUCCCACAGCUCGUAGGUUUGUGUCGUGGCUGAUUAAUCACAAGAUUGAUGAUAGACCUUACGCUCACGAAGCAUUGGGGAAUUCCUUAUUUAGCAACACCACAAGGAACACAGCGAGCAAUUAUAGACAACAAACACGACGUUUGUUUGAAAUGAUGAAUCCUUCGUAGUUCCUAGCCCAAGUUUGUCCUUGAAGGGAGAAUUUGGAGCGACACAAGUAUGACAGAACAUAGCUAAUUUUAAAGUAAUUAUCACAAUAGUAUAGUAGAGGGGGGAGGGGACAGCCCAAGUUUGUCCUUGAAGGGGAAAUUUGGAGCGACAAAAAUUCGACACAAGGGCGACAGAACCAGUCGCAUCAAGCGACAAUAAAGCAACGCCGUGGAUUUGUAUUUCGUAGACGGUCGGUAGCAACUUUGAUGGUCGGUAGCAUCAUUUACAGCUUCGCAAGUCGCCGUGUAUCUCGCGACACUUUCCGAAUCCUUUCGUCAAAAAUCGACAAGACGUUGAAUACUGUUUAAGGUGUUUUAAUAAUUUGCGAGGUUGUUUUAUCGAGGUGAUUCUCGAUCCUAUGCCAAUUAGUAUAGGUAAUAGCAUGGUUUCGAGUGCAGUUUGGAUAUAACAUGCACGAGUGAGUUUUUCUCAGGAGUGUUUUUGCACUGUUGUCAAGUAAUACUUUUAUAUAAUUUAUAUUAUUAGCGUGAUAAUAGUUUAGCAGAAUGUGCAGUAGUUCUUAUCUAUAAAUCCAAAUUAGCUCCCGUUGAGCAUUGCAUGGAUUUUUUUACAUUUAACUGAAUAUCCUUGUUAUAAAGACCUUUUUACACAACAUGUUGUUGGUUCAGGUAGAAUCUAUAUAGUACAGUCUUGAUUUAUUAAUAAAUGCGAUUCAUAGAAAAAGAGCCGUUU